GGCGGCGAUGGCCGGCGGCGCGCACGGCGGCACGACCUACAAGGGCUACACCAUCCCCCACAACAAGCGCUGGCACACCGUCGUCGGCAAGGGCCUCUGCGCCACCAUGUGGUUUUGGAUUUUCUACAGAGCUAAGCAGGAUGGUGCUGUGCUCUUGGGUCUGCGCCAUCCUUGGGAUGGGCACGACGAUCAUUCACAUGGUCAUGGACAUGCACAUGAGCAUGAGGCCUCUUCGUCAUCAUCGCCAUCUCAUUGAGCGGCUGCUGCUUCACGUGUUUCAGCAAGACUCUCCGCUAAUAAAGAAAGCACACCGUAAUAUUUCACCCAUGUUUCCUACUUUCUUCUAGCACACAAACUGGCUUUAUUAGUGUGAUGCUUGAUUAUAUGUACUUAUACUCGCUUUGGAGCUGGCCUCGGCUGGAAGGCAAUGCUGCGAGGAACAGUUCUUUUUAUGUGUUGAUUAUUACCAAUGUUACAUGACAAAAAAAAACUUCUCACAAGUGUGGUUGCAAAACAAACAUGGGCUAAUUCAGUUAGACUUGUUUAA